CCGCUCUGCUCUGCAGUGUUUUUGGAUGCUCCCCGCCAAUAUUGCCGUCGCCAUCUACAUGAUGACCGGUGCCGCGGACAUCCCGUCUACUUCGCGCACUUCGGCCGCCUCCGGGGAGGAGUCUGUGGCUGCUCCCGCUCCUGGCCCGGGCCCACUGCUGUCUCCCACUUCCGACAGCGGUGAAACUACUGAGCCGGCCAUGGAGGAGCCCUCUGCCACUACCCCGCCUCCGGCCGAGACCGCCCCCGCGGCUCCCGAAGUGGUUGCCGCUGAUGGCGAGUCUGGCUCCGCUUCCGGCUCUCGCUCGCCUGAGGCGUGGGGAGAGAUCUUAGCCUUUUUAGACCGUCCGCAACAAGCCCGGCAGUCUGCGCUUGCUUCGUUGCCGACUUCCGAUCUGAUUCGGUUGACGAUGGCCCGUGGCUUGGUUGAGCCCCUGCCUGAUUUUCCUGUGACUUUCCCCUCUUCCGGAACUGGAAGACUGUGCCGGGAUCUGGGGCGGAGGGCUGGGUGGCGAUGCCAGCACCACACGGGCUUGGCCCACCUGGCGAUGUUCCAUCGCGUGCAGGAUGGUGAGCAGCCGCUGGCGGACAUCCGGAAGAGACAGCCCGUCCAGGAGCUGACCGUGAACCAGCACGGAGGGCAUGGGAACAGGGGAAAACUUCCCGUAUCCCGACCACUGACUCCCGGAACUAGACUGGGGCGGGUCCCGGCGGCGUAUCCCAAGCACCGCCCGGUGACGGUAAAGCGAACCAUUUCUGCAGCUACGGGCCAGCGCGCAAAGCAGCUGGUGCGAGUACAGAAGAUGGCGUCCGCAGGGCGGAGCCAGACGGUGGCACCGGCGACGUCAAAGGACUUGGACCUGAUGGCCGACGGCUCUGUCUGCAUGGCAACAUGGACGACAUUGCUGCGAGCAUUCCAAAGGAAGCCGAAAGCAGACACAGAGGCCGACGGGGGCGGAGCCGCAGAUUUAGGUGCGUCCGCCGGUGUGGGGGACGGUGCCGAUGGGGCGACAGGUUUCUCUGAGGCACUGACAGCGGGCCUCGGUGUGAAAACUCGGCAUCUCAAGCUCCCCUCCUCGGUCGCCUCGCGCCUGCCCGGCAUGUCUGUCCGACCUCGCUUGGACGAUCCGGCGGCCCUGGUGGCCAUGCUUGACCAGCUCUCGGCUUCCCCAGCUGUUCGCACAGCCCUUUCCGGAAAAGGCUUUGCAUCACUGGGGUCAUUGGCCUUCGCUGUGUCCGAUCCGUCGGACGCUGACGAGGUCCGGCUGUUUGUCAGGUCCACCUUGUCCCUUCCGGACACGGAUGCCUCUUCUGCUGCUCCGCCCAAGCCAGCACUUGGCUCCGGAGCACAGCCUUCUGCGCCUGCACCAUCAGCCUCUGCCACCAAAAUCGCUGUGCCAGAUCUCUUGCAUCUGUGCAAGACUUUCUUGGCGAAAUACCCGGGCGAGCUCCUUACCCCGGACUCUGCCCCCUCGGUUGACUUUUUGUCUCUGCUAAAAAACCAUCACGACGCACAGCAGUCCCUGUGGAUCCCGUGGCGCCUGCGCACCUCCGAGUCCGAUGCUACCCGCUGGGAGGAGGCCCGACGCCCUCGCAAUGACCGUCAGUUACUCCGCUCCCUCUUGGACGCUGACGCGGAACCUGCGUCGGCAUCGGUCAACCUUAACACGCAGGGCCCAUCGGAUCCGGUACUUCGCCGCUCUAUGAGUCUGUUCGCGACGGCGCUUGCGAUGCUCGAUCAAAAGUCUGUGUGGGCUUCCGUGUCUGAGCUUAUCCGGGACCACGGUUGGAGCCUUUCUGACUCCCUCAAUGAAGUUGCCUUCUGCCGUGGCGAGAUGGCGAACCUGCUUCAGGCCCGGCCCCGCCCUCCCAAACCCCUCACCGGUCCGCCCGGGACUGUAACUGGUUCGCCCGGUAAGGGUGACUCCCUGGAACGCCUGGUUGCACUCGUUCUGGACGUGGCCAAGGCUCAUCGCCGUAUUCUUAUUCGCAAGCAGGACCGUGGCCUGCUCUGCUUCCGGCACAAGAACGCUAUUUAUCAAUGCACUACGUUAAACUUUGGCGCACGGGUCUCCAGCUUCUUCUGGGCACGUGCCGCUGGACUAUUGGUUCGUCUAGUCCACAAACUCAUCCGCGUCCGUCACUCUGCCAAGAUCUACAUCGACGACUUGCUCUGCCUUCUGGACUCCGUCCCUCUUUCCUGGCACAAAUGCCCUCUGUCCCCGCGCGUUGUUUGGAUCGGCUGGGAAAUUGAUCUUGCAAUCUUUACUGUUCGCUUGGACCCGCAGAAGUUCCAGCGACUCUGUGCUCUUCUUCGCCAGGCUCUCUCGUCACGACGUUGCUCAACGCAUCUUCUUGAGCGUAUCACCGGAAAGCUCCUCUGGUUGUCUUCGCUAUUCAAGACUUUCCGCCCUUCUCUGGCUCCGCUCUACGCUGACCGACACGCUUUUCUGCCCACCAUAUGGCUGCCCUGGAUCCGCAAC